AUGGGUAUCACAGAGAGUAAAUUGCUAGUUGCCAGCUUCUCUAGAGCUUGUAAUGAAGCAGAGAUGACUGAUGGUCCAAGCCAGAAUAAAAAUAUUCUCGCUGACCCACUGGUGCAGAGUCAGAUUAAAAACAUCCUCUCCAAUCCACAGCGGAGAAUCUUCCUCAUUAUUUUCGCUCGCUUGAAGGCAAGACUAGGACAUGUUCGCCUAUCUCCUGUUGCCCAAGAACUUCUUAUUUUCAUCCUUCUACAUUCAGGCUUUGUUGUUGAGGAUGCGUCGGAUAUUUACGAAAAUUUUGGCGACUGGGCAUCAAGAGGAGAGAAGUAUGAGGCACUGGCAAUGGCUUGUGGGGGGCUUGAUUUCUUAUUUGUCCUCCCUGACAAUAUCUCCGACACAUUCUGGGAGAAGGAUCUGCCAAGGUCUGGCAAAGCACGUGAUGAGCUGAUAAAAACACUUCAACAAGGCAUUCGCAGAUUUGUGGAGGAAUUCAGUGAUGUUUCAAUCUUGGAGGAAGUUAUUGCUUAUAUAUGGCCUCGUCUGGAGGAAGAGAUAUCCUCGGCUAUGAAGCAGCACGAAGGAACCCACCCUCAACAAUCUGCGCAUAUUCUAACCGGUGACCCGAAUAUCUUCCAUGGGGAGCCAACCACACACGCUCCAACAUCGAAUGUGGAUGGACCCCGCCCUCAACUGCUUGUGCCACAUGUUUUCCUGGCCGGUCUCUCCAUAUGA